UACACAUUCACGCGCGCUGCCUGACCUCUUCUCUGACUUCUCAUCAUGGCUCUACACAUCCUGUCGACUUCCUGUGCACGGGUCAAGGCCACGCUUUUGGUCCUGUCGCUCGUGGCAACCGUCGCGCACUGCCAGGACAUUUUUCUCAGCUACGUCAUCGCGGAGGAACAACCCAAGGGCACUUUCGUUGGCAAUGUAGCGCAGGAUUCCAACAUCAGGGACCACGUCGGCAGCGCCAGGGAGUUCCAGGAUCUGACGUACAGCUUCCUGGCGGAAGAGGCGCGAGUGACAGGCAACUUCCGGAUCGACAACGUGUCGGGUGUCCUUAGUACCGGAGCCAGACUCGAUCGAGAGCAGCUCUGCAGAUUCCAGAUGGAAUGCCGCCUGUCCUUUCGUCUCGCCGCUCAAUCUUCCCUCGGCCUUUUCUUCAAGAUCAUCGAUGUGACGGUCUCCGUGAGUGACAUCAACGACAACUCUCCGACCUUCAUUCCGUCCGAGGUGUCCCUCACCAUCAUGGAGAAUGCGACAUCGGACUUCUACACUCUCCCCAACGCCAUUGACGCAGACACGGGGGUAAACAACUCUGUGCAAGAGUACAGCCUCCUGACGAGUGACGUCCCUUUUAGUCUUCAGGUGCAGGGGUCCACGUCCAUGGACCUGGCUUUGGCGCUGAGUGUCAGAGAGAGGCUGGACCGCGAGACUGUGGACUUUUACCGCUUGACAGUGCUGGCGAAGGACGCGGGUACUCCGGUCAGAAGUGGGACUCUCACAGUUAACGUGCAGGUCGGGGACGUCAAUGACCACGCCCCCGUGUGGGAGCUGCCUCUCUAUGUCGUCAACGUCUCGGAGAUCGUCGCCGUCAACACCAUCAUCCUGACGCUUGCCGCUCACGACGCCGACAGCGGCCCCAACGGUCAGGUGAUCUACCGCUUCCCUCCCCUGCAGCCCGACACCGCGCUGGGGCUCUUCGCCUUAAACGAAACUUCCGGGGAGCUCCGGGUAUCAGGCACAAACACAGCUGAGUGUGGCCAAGCCGCUGGACGACUACGCCGGACAGACCUACAACCUGGAGGUCGAGAAGCACGCGACGGAGGCACGGCCUUCAAGUCGUCGCGUGCACAGGCUGUGGUGCGCGUGCUGGACACGCACAACUCGCGGCCGGAGAUCAUCAUGUCUGUGCUGGGCAGCAGCGCCACCACCACCCUAUCGGAGCUGGCCGAUCUUGGCCGCGUGGUGGCGCACAUCCUGGUCCGGGACUCGGACUCCGGGCUGAACGGCAUCGUCACGUGCUACCUGAACGCCACGCACUUCCAGCUGCAGGCCAUGGAUGUCGGGCAGUACAAAGUCAUCCUCAGCCGCCCGCUGGACCGCGAGGCGCAGGACACCCACGUCGUCAACGUCACGUGCGAGGACGCGGGCAAACCGCCGUUGUCCGACAGCAAGAUCUUCAGAGUCAAGGUCCGUGAUGAGAAUGACCAGGCGCCGGUGUUCUCGCAGUCUCUGUACUCCGCGAGGGUCACCGAGACAGGCGCCUACAGCAGCGACCGUAGUAUCUACGUCACCACCGUCACGGCCACCGACGCCGACGUCGGCGAGAACGCUCGGUUGUCCUACCGGAUCCUCGGCGACUUCCAGAACGAGUUCUACGUCUUUGACAACGGCACGGUGGUGGCGACGAGAGGCUUGGACAGAGAAAAUGGCGGAUCGCAGCGCUACCUGUCGGUCGUCGCCUACGACCACGGCACCAUGUCUAACACCGCCACCGCCACCAUCCUGCUGACGGUCCUCGAUGUCAACGACAACCCUCCAGUCUUCGUGGACAUCGCACCCGUCUUCUACGUCAGCGAGGGCGUGCCUCUGACGUCAUACGUGGGCAAUGUCACGGCGAUGGACGCCGACGAGGAGGAAAACGCCAUCGUGCUGUACAGCCUCCACCCAGCCUACGAUGGUCAGGUGCCCUUCAAGGUGAUCACGGAUGGCGUCAUUAAGACGAACGGCACCCUGGAUAGAGAGAAGCGCGACAGGUACGACUUUGAGAUAGUCGCCCACGACCUGGGAAGGCCUCAUCUUAGCUCUUCUAUCGUUGUCACCGUCCGCAUCCUAGACAUCAACGACAACAGCCCAGUCUUCCUCUUCCCCAACGACAUCAACAACACGGUGCGCGUGCCGCACACGUUGUCGCCCAACACCAAGGUAGCCACCAUCGUGGCCUACGACGCCGACCUCGGCAACAACGAGCGCCUCGUCUUCGCCAGGGAUGGGCGCAACGGCACUAAGUUCUUCGAUGUGGACCCAGAGACCGGGGAGGUCAUUCUCGUCAGACCUUUGUCAGAAAAGGACCUCGGAGAGCAUUGGCUAGUGGUGGUAGCUCACGACCAGGGCUUCCCCACUCAGCUGGCCAAUCAGACGAUGCUUUACAUCCAGGUCUAUCGGGGCAACCACACGGCUGCCGUGACGUCGGACAGCGCGGCCUUUCGCAACACGCUGCUGGUCAUCAUCAUCGUCGUGGUCACUUUUGUCCUCUCCAUCGUCGUCAUCGUCACCAUGGUGCUGAUCAGACACCAGGAUCGCCAGCGCCGACUGUACCGGGCCAAGGACGAGGAGGUCAAAGUAGAGGCUCACCUUCGGAAGCUUGCCAGCCCGUACGCCGGCGCCCAGGAGUUCGACGCGGCCACCACGGCGCCCGAUGCAUCGUUGCUCGUCGACGGAGCAGCGACGACGAAAGGAGGUGAGCUUUUCUCUGGACGAAGACAACAACAUCACGCCCGACUCCACGCCAGCGCCGUGCGAGAAGGAGGGGGCGGGCCGCCUGGAGACCCUGCCGGAGGGGGGCAAGGGACAGGUUUGUCUCCCCGUGAUGCUGCAAGUUGCUUACUGAAUGUCUCGCAUGUAUGGCUUGUCUUGAGUAGCCAAGGCAACGCCAAGAAACUAAUGACGUGGACAGAGGAAUUUCUGUGCGAUCUCACUACCAUCAUCACCCGCUUCAUGACAAAAGUCAGAAAUCACUGUUGGAGACUCAGGGCAGAUGACAACUUGAGCGACUUGUCCUGCGAUGCGAGCACCAGCGAUAGCGGACGGGGCGGAAGUGACGUAGAAAUGCAUGGUAGCUGCUUCCAAGGAUUCAGGAGACAACUCCUUCGGGUCGCAAAGAGGGGCGUCCUCCUCCGUCCAGGCAGGUCACGAUCACCGCAAGCAUCCGGCACAGCAGCGCACUGUACGCCACCUACAGCUCAGCCGCAGUACUCGACCGGAACCGGGGGCACGUGGAGCAGCGAGACCACCACUUCCGGUAGCUACACGGUGGGCUCGCAGGAACUGGCACAGGACAUCGACAAGCUGUUCUUCGAUCCACCAAACGACGUGGUGGUGUGAGCAACUAUUUAAUUCAUUCAUCCAUGAACUUCUUGAUUCGGGUCCUGGCAAGACCCACGGUCACCGGUGAUCUCACCUCCUCCGUCACACUUCGCAUCCUCGCUUCUUUUCGUCCUCCGCCGCAGCGUCAGCGCGAGCUCGUUGAAGCGCACGUGGGGUCGGCUGGGGACAGUGGCCUCAUUAUAAACUCGUCUGACUUGUUACUGCUUGUCACAGCAAGAACAGAUUACGUUGAACUUAGGGCUAAACAGCUGUCUAGAGCCGCGAUUAACAAUCUGGCAUGGAUCCAUUUGAUUGGCAGUUGGAUGGAUGGCGGGUAGUCCACAAACGGGGCCAAUGAAGGUGACAGAUAAGGAACUGAUUAAUCUUCCAUUGGCGCGACGAAUGUGUCUGUAAACAGGCUAGAAAGGGUGAGAACGGGGUUGGACUUUCGAUUCCUGUGUGCGUGCCAGAACAUUCUACCCGGGAAUUUCCAUUUGCAAGAUGGCUGUUACCUUCCAGAUUGCAGUGCUCAAAUGUUAACUGUGAGUGUUUCGUAGUAUCAAAUUUCGCUAAGUCACAACAUGUGAGGCGUGUGUGCGUGUGUGUGUGCGUGCGCCCUCCACACGAGAGAAUUUCUCCCGUCCGGUAUUCUUCGGAAGAAUCGCAGAGUCAGGAGUCUCGAUGUCUUCAACACCGCUUACAGCAUGACAAAAAACUAAGGUUGAAGCUGCAGGUUGAUACCCGGAGUUGCAGGCAGACUGUUAGAACAGCCAACAGUUCCAGUCGAUGUACAUAAAAAGCACCAAUAAUAACAACUUAUAACCAAUCGUGUAAUGUAACAUAACUACACGACUUGGGGUUUGUGCCUCUUGAGCUCUCAGAGGAGCCGUUCCUCAUUUCCUAUAGAAAAAUGUAUAAAAAUACGAAUAGAGUAAAAUUAAUGAUUUAUUGCCUGAACAGAUCCUUUACCGUAGGAUUCUCUAGCGCAAGAUGGGAAAAAAUAUCUCUUAUGUCUGGAAAUGGCUCAUUGAUUUUAGACACUGCCAGCUGAAGCUUUUUUUUCAUUUAGUGUUUAGCUGGUGAUCUUUGGUGAUGUUGGGGAUGAAUAUGUGCGUGUAUGUGUAGUGUAUUGUGAGUGUGACAUUUGCUACGAUAAAGAUCCAACAAUCCAUCGUGGUUCAAACUUAGCUAUCGAUUUCAGGAACUUGGGUUCAAACACAGUCAUCGAUUUUGAAGGUGGCUGGUGUACUUACAAUGUACUAGCAAUGGUCAGGUCUUCACCAGAUCGAAAUAGUUUAAAGACUGAUCCAAAUAUUUCACGACAAUGAUUCCCCGACGCAGAAGAGCGGUGUGAGGUGGCACUAGUCUGUUGCUGUCUACAAAUAUGACAAGAUAUUUGAAUGACAGCCACUGCUGUUUCAUAGGAAGUAAAUAAAAAUUAAAUCAAAAAUAUUUGAAACAAAAGUGACCUAGAAGGACAGCUAAGCGCUUAAUGCGUGUUGUGGACUGACCGCCAUUAUAAACGCUGCUGCAACGACAACAGCAUCGACGACAGGAAGUUAGCAGCCUUCUGAUUGGCUGGCUACUCUGGCUCUUCAAACAAGCACACGUGUUAUAACCUAAGAUUGUGCUGUGAUAUAAAAUAUACGGUCAAACAAACAAAGACUGAAUAUGAAUUAUCUCCUUCAUCCACAUAACAACUCUGGAACUUGUUUGAUUCGCUUGGUUGACUGCGCCCCGGACUGUACGACAAGAGCUGUUGCUGCACGACAGCAAAGACCUGGGAACAUAAAACAUUGUGUAGUGAGCGUGUGUUUGUGUGAGUGAGAGAAGGGUGAGUAAGUGAAUGAGAGAAAAUUUCUAUUGUGUGUGUGUUUGUUGAUAUGGAAGGGAAAGACCUGGAUUUCGAGAACAGCCACCAAAUGUACAAAACACACCUUAGUUAUUCAGUGUUGUGUAUCCCAUGUAUGUAAACACACGUGGAGCUUAAGGCGGCAGCUUGCAUGCCUACUUCCAAUACUGUUAUAGGUGUGACACAGAAUUCAUACAGAAGCUAAGUACAGACCGUCUACCCCGAUAUACUGGUUGUCCUGCCAAGAAGUACAAGACCGUUUGUGUCCCUGUCCUCUCCACAAGAAACACAACCUUCUGACAAACUUUUAUGCGGUAUGGUUCCUCCUUGGAAACAGUGGACACAACAAUUUAUGAUCAGCUCGACUCAAAGCAUAUCCAAUCAAAGGUUUGUAAUUGUACUGGGUCGGUUUUUCCCCCUGUGAGAUCUCCAGUGAGGGCAGCAAGGUAUUGAAUGACUUGAGACAGACAUCGGCUUCUGUGUUGUGGGAUGUCUGCAGGCUGUUAUGAUACCUCAUGUUCAUGCAUUAUCCGACUUGUUUUUGUCCGCUUUUUUAUCAAGCUUUUUGGUUUUAAUUUGAGUUGUAAGAGGAAACUGCGUUGGUCUGAGUUCCCUUGCUUAAACCACCAGUUGCCAAAAGUGAUUUUUACUUGCUGAGAUGUCCUAAAAAAACUACGCACAGGUUCUUUUCUUUAAACUUUGGUAUAUACCCAGUUUUGGAGAGAACGACUCACAUUUUAGUUGCCAGUAUUACAUUUUUUAACAAUUUUUUGUCCCUAAUCGCUGCUCCUUUCGCAAAUGCUGGAUCAUGAACUUGUGCACAAGCCGAAGGAAGUUAAGAGAUCAGACACUGAGCGCUGCUCAGCAAAACUGUUUAAACUUUUACAGACUAAGAUCUGGAUAACAUUUACCCCCCAGACAGGUCAAACGUCUAAAUAACUGUGAUACGAGAAAGCUCACAUAUAAGUUUGUGUUCAAAUGUCGUCUCGAAAUUUUUUUUUUUUUUUAAUUAUUAAACUAUAAGAUUUGGAUCCAAAAUAUAUUUUGUGCAUGUUGUGCUAAAUUGUGUCUAGACAUUUUUUUCCCCGGGUGGGAGCUCGGUUUUUAUUACAAGCAAAACUUGGAAAUCCGGGUGGUGCUACAUGCAGAUGAACAAGUCGUGUUGGAUGGAUUCUCGUUAGUGAGCUGGGUGGAACUCACUGGAUUACAGUUUGUGUUAAAUGUAGGAGGAAAGCUUAGAUGACAUGCAGAAGCCGGGCUGAGGGAAAUGAGCGAUGACAGGUUAGGUCCAUGGUGUUUAAUUCUAUGAACAACAUCUAGCCCUGGAUAUCUCGUGAAUGUGUGGACUUUUUUCUAUGUAGAACAGCUGUUAGAAUGCUAACAAACAUCAAGGAACAGGUGUGGUCAGCGUCUGCAAGCGACUAAAUGUGGAAAUCAUUAUUACUGCAUCAGUGGUGUAGGAAGAUGUUCGGUUUGCAAACUUUCUGCGGACGGUGAACGACAAAGCAACACUUAAUCUGAUUGAUGUUGCCCCCCUGGUUCCUCCUCCACUCUACAUGUAUUUUAGAGCUGCAUUUUUUGCGGAUGUCUCGGUGCCAAAUGUAUAUAUGGACGAUGUGUUGUCUACGUUUCCUCGCAGAAGGGGGAGACAACUACAAGCCUCUGUCGCUGUCAGGGGACGGCAACUCGUCAUACGCCAUGCCACGUGAAGUUAUCUCCAGUCAUCAGCAGAAUCGGAAACAUUUAAAUCAGUCUCCUCCUCCCCUGAUAUUCUAGUUGACAGCUUAGUUCCGAUACACAGAAUAUCCCUGAUUGUAGACUGUUCAAAUACUCUUUGUGGUGUCGGGAUCUUUCAGUUGGUGUGAAUGUUCUGUCGGUGUGGGAGAGGGUAAGUGGGUGAGUGCAGAAGAAAGGAAGAGAGAAAACAUUUAUAGAUGAAGUUAGAGGGAAACAUCCGAUGCAGUCGGUGGCAAAGUUCCACAGCAUUGACCCAACUGUCCUCACACGAGUUUGGAGGCUUGUACUCAGACAAUCUCGAUGAGCUUGGACAUGGUCGCACAAGACCAGGCUGUGCAUGGCCAAUGUCUCCACUCACGGUUAGAGUUAUCUGCGUGCACCGUUCUUAUCGUCAUCAUCUUCUGUCGUUUUCGUCGUCGUCAAUAGCAUCACAAACGUCGCAUCACCACCAACAUCGUCAGUCAAUCGUCCACUAGACUGUCUAGUUGUCAUGAGAUCAAGACACGCGAACUGUAACAGCUCCUGUCUCGAUAGGAUGUUAGAAACUUUCCCUGGACACUUCUUGUCGUCCUCUCACUUUGAGGAUGGUUCCAAGUUUUUUGUUUGUUGUUGUUUUCUGGAAGUGGAGUGGCGAGUGGCACAUGUUUUCUAGUGUCAAACAUCAUCUGGGUGCGUGCGUCACGCGUGUUCCUGGAGGCGUGCGUCAUGCCGCUUCUGGAAGCUGGUGUUGCUGGUGUUAACAAUCACCGGAAGAGGGUUGAAGAAGGUUUUGUCUUGUUCCAAGUCUUUUCCUCGCCAGCAGCGUCUCCUUCUAACAAUCACGUUGAACACUCGGAAGAGCUCAAGAGAUUUGUGGGAUCAAAACUUGGUGUUGGAACCGUUGCUGGGUUCCGUUCCGCCCCUGUCCCAUUAUAAACUUCCUCCCUGCGGACGUCACGAGUCGACUUUUUACACCACGACAGGUGCUUGCACGUGAGGUUUACGAGGUUAGGGAAACAGCUUCGUGGUCAUUCGCUAAUCCAUAGUCAUAGCUCAAGAACUGUAUUUACAUUGUACCAUCACUUCUACAUGUCAUCAGUCUUCGCAUUUUUUUUUUUUUUUUUUUUUUUUUGCCACGGAUCCACAGAUAUUAUCGUUUCCUCAGAAAGUGUUUCAUCCUCGCGACAUCUGUCGCUAAGCAACGUGCGCCGCUGUCAGCCAGGUUUAUGUGUCGCUCUUUUGUUGUUUAUCUUGUAAACAGCUUUACGAAAUGACAUUUUGUACUUGUGAAUAACAAAUAUUUUACUAAAAUAAAUGCAGGUGUACAUAU